AUGGCAAUUAACUCGCUGAGAAGAACACUGUUGAGAGCUUUGAGACCUCAACAGUCGUCAUCGUCGUUUUCAAUUCGAGCACGCCAAAGCUUUCUGCUUUCUUCUCUCUCUAACCGCUCUCUAGAGCCUUCGUUUUGUGCCGAUUGUGCUCCUAGUCCUCGCCCUAAUUUGUCAUUUAAUGGCGUCUUUUGCCGCCGUCUGUCUUCUCUGAGUGAGGAGGAGUCUCUUGGGCCCGCCGCCGUUGAUAACCGCUCUGUCUCUGUGCUGCAGGAAGACGAGUAUCACAGAUUGGCUAAUUCAACCAUUCACAAUCUACUCGAGAAGCUUGAGGAGUAUGGUGACUCGGUUGAGGUCGAUGGUUACGAUGUAGACUAUGGGAAUGAAGUCUUAACCUUGAAGCUUGGUGACUUGGGAACUUAUGUAAUAAACAAGCAAACACCAAAUAGACAGAUUUGGAUGUCCUCUCCAGUGAGUGGGCCGUCUAGGUUUGAUUGGGAUCAGGAUUCUCGAUCUUGGAUUUACAGGCGAACAAAGCAAGAACUGCUCAAAUUGUUGGAAACUGAGUUGCAAAAGCUCUGUGGAGAACCCGUUAGUCUUUCCUAA